CUCCUCCCACUCACCCCACCACAGGCACCUGCAGACCAGAGCUAGCAGCAGGCUCUACCUCCUUUGCUUUCAAGAGGUUGGACUGGGAGCAGAACCCAGAGAGGUCCACGCAGAGCCAUGGGCAGCCGCGUUUCUCGGGAAGAUUUUGAGUGGGUCUACACGGAUGAGCCGCAUGCGCAGAGAAGACGGGAGAUCCUGGCAAAGUAUCCAGAGAUAAAAUCCUUGAUGAAGCCCGACCCUAACCUGAUCUGGAUCAUAACCGCAAUGAUUCUCGUCCAGUUGGCUUCCUUCUACUUAGUCAAAGACUUAGAGUGGAAAUGGCUCAUAUUUUGGUCCUAUGUCUUUGGCAGCUCUAUUAACCAUUCAAUGACUCUGGCUAUCCAUGAGAUUUCCCACAACUUCCCCUUCGGCCACCACAGGGCCCUGUGGAACCGCUGGUUUGGGAUAUUUACUAAUCUCCCUUUUGGGAUUCCAUAUUCGAUUUCCUAUAAAAUGUAUCACAUAGAUCACCACCGAUACCUUGGGACUGCUGGCAUUGACGUGGAUGCUCCUUCUGACCUUGAGGGCUGGUUCUUCUGCACCACUUUCAGGAAGCUUGUCUGGGUUGCUUUCCAACCUUUCUUUCUCUUAUUUCGACCUUAUUUUGUCAACCCCAAACCAAUGACUUACCUGGAAACUAUUAAUAUUAUGAGCCAGAUCACUUUUAACAUUGUCAUUUACCACGUCUGGGGAAUUAAGUCCUUAGUCUACAUGUUGGCAGCCUCUCUCCUUGGCUUGGGUUUGAAUCCCAUUUCUGGGCAUUUUAUAGCUGACCACUUCAUGUUCUCAAAGGGACAAGACACAAACUCCUAUUAUGGGCCUCUUAACUUUUUCAUGUUCAAUGGCGGCUACCACAACGAACACCACGACUUCCCCAGUAUUCCUGGAAGCCGUCUUCCUCAGGUGAGGAAAAUCGCAGCUGAGUACUAUGAUGAGCUCCCGCAUCACACCUCCUGGGUGAAGGUGCUGUAUGAUUUUGUGACGGAUGACACAAUGAGCCCCUACUCCAGGAUAAAGAGGCCACCGAAAGGGAACGAGGUUCUACAUAAAUAAACAUUCCCUAGGGCCAAAGAAAAACCUUCCCUAGAACGUUAUAAUAGUUGACUAUGUGGAAAUAUCUGCCCCAUUUGGUUUCUCUCACUGAUAAUUUAACUUCGAGCACUGUCCCACUCAUCAAGACCUCUGCCAAUGAGCUAUCCUCCCAGCCCGAACUUUUGUCCGGUUAAACUUGGGAUCAGUGACGGUCAGAGCUGUCUUGCUACAAUUUAAACUCAGAUCUCCGUGAUGUCAAGAUUUGACUCUGGUUUUCACUAAACCUGACCUUUACAGUGCUCAACUCUGCCUACAGGGUGCUUGCUUAUUGAUAGUGAAUUAUCAUUUCUUGUGGUGUCUUCAUCCAUGUCUAUAACUUUCUUAGAACAUCAUGAAAUGGUUACUUUACUACAUGAUUUAUAACAUUAAGUUUCAUUUUAAUAAAAAUGCUAACGAACUGCUGUCAAUCCAAAUGCA